UUAGUUAAGGAGACACAAUAUUGUGGACCAACUUAUAUGAGAUGGAUGUAUCCAAUGGAGCGGUAUAUGAAGAUAUUAAAGGGUUAUGUGAAAAAUAGAAGUCGACCAGAAGGAUGUAUAGUNGAACGAUAUAUACUUGAAGAAACUAUUGAAUUUUGUACUGAUUACCUCUNUAAUGUUGAAUCAAUAGGACUUCCAAAUUCUCGACACUUAGCGAGAACCACAGGAGAAGGGAUUUCUGGAAAUACCAUAGUGACCAUAAGCAGGAAAGAUUGGGAGCAAGCUCAAUUGUAUAUCCUACACAAUAAUGAUGAAGUUGAGCCAUAUGUUGAGAGACACAAAGACAUGAUUACAAAAUUAAAUCCAACAAGGACUGACCAAUGGAUAUGUAGAGAACACAAUGCAACUUUUAUACAAUGGCUAAAAAGUCACAUUUUUGCAGAGUUAAAUGUGAAAUCCUUUUCAAUUUCUGACAGAUUGAGAUGGAUAGCCAAUGGUCCAAAUUUUCAAGUAUUCUCUUACACUGGUUAUAUGAUCAAUGGGUGCACGUUUUACACUAAAGACCGAGAUGAUCAAAGUACUAUGCAAAAUAGUGGUGUAACUUUGGUGGCUGAAUCUAUGCACAUCUCAGGUGCUAAAGGUAGAAGUCCUAUAUAUGCAAAUAUGUCNUAUUUUGGGGUAAUUGAACAUAUAUGGGAGUUGGAUUACACCAUAUUUCGGGUACCCAUAUUUGGUUGCAAGUGGGUUGAUAACAAUAAUGGAGUUCGACAAGAUGAAACAGGAUUUAUGCAAGUGANUUUUAAUAAAGUGGGGUACAAAGAUGAGCCAUUUAUUUUAGCAUCACAAGCUCAACAAAUAUUUUAUGUAACUGAUCCGGUUGAUGUCAAUUGGUCAAUUGUGUUGUUNACCAAUAAAAUAAAUGAUCCUUCCAAUGAUGAUAUAGAAGAUGAAUAUACAAAUAUUGAAGAUGAUCCUUUGUAUCAAAUAUCAUAUGAUGAUGAUCCAAUAACAGAUGAUAUCUUGUAUAAGAGAGAUGAUCAUGAUGAAGGAAUUUGGAUAAAUCCAUCAUUUUAUGUCCAUAAGAAACCUAAGUCUUUAAAAUUCAUAUCAAAGAAGAAAAGGUAAAUGACAACUCCUACUGAAGAUGAUAUUCCUUCUCCCAACGAAGCUAAAGGGAA